CCAACAACCACACCUACAACCUCCCUAACAACCACACCAACAACAACACCUACAACCACUCCAACAACAACACCAACUACCACACCAACAACCACACCUACAACAACAACAACAACAACACCCACAACAACACCAACAACCACACCAACAAAAACACCUACAACCACUCCAACCACCACACCAACUACUACACCAACAACAACACCCACAACCACACCUACAAUCACACCAACAACCACACCUACAACCUCCCUAACAACCACACCAACAACAACACCUACAACCACUCCAACCACCACAAAAACUACUACACCAACAACCACACCUACAUCCACACCAACAACAACACCUACAACCACACCUACAACCUCACCAACAACCACACCAACAACAACACCUACAACCACUACAACCACACCUACAACAACACCAACAACCACACCUACAACAACACCAACAACCACACCAACAAAAACACCUACAACCACUCCAACCACCACACCAACUACUACACCAACAACAACACCCACAACCACACCUACAAUCACACCAACAACCACACCUACAACCUCCCUAACAACCACACCAACAACAACACCUACAACCACUCCAACCACCACAAAAACUACUACACCAACAACCACACCUACAUCCACACCAACAACAACACCUACAACCACACCUACAACCUCACCAACAACCACACCAACAACAACACCUACAACCACUCCAACCACCACACCAACUACUACACCAACAACCACACCAACAUCCACACCAACAACAACACCUACAACCAAACCUACAACCUCCCUAACAACCACACCAACAACAACACCUACAACCACUCCAACAACCACACCAACUACUACACCAACACCCACACCUACAUCCACACCAACAACACCUACAACCACACCAAGAACAACACCUACAACCACACCAACAUCCACACCAACAACAACACGUACAACCACACCUACAACCACACCAACAACCACACCUACAACAACACCAACAUCCACACCAACAACAACACUUACAACCACACCUACGAACUCUCCAACCACCACACCAACAACCACACCAACAACAUCUACAACCACACCAACUACUACACCAACAACCACACCUACAUCCACACUAACAACACCUACAACGACACAAACAACUACACCUACCACAACACUUACGACCACACCUACAACCACACCAACAACCACACCUACAACCACAACCACACCUACAACCACACCAACAACCACGCCCACAACCACACCAACAACAACACCUGCAACCACAACAACAACAACACCUACAACCAGACCUACAACCACCCCAACAACCACACCUACAACCACACCAACAUCCACACCAACAACCACACCAACAACAACACCUACAACUACAGCAACAACCACACCAACAACCACAUCAACAACAACACCAACAACAACACCAACAACAACACCUACAACCACACUUACAACCCCACCAACAACCACAACCACACCAACAACAACACCUACAACCACUCCAACCACCACACCAACUACUACACAAACAACCACAACUACAUCCACACCAACAACACCUACAACCACACCAACAACAACACCUACAACUACACCUACAACCACACCUACGACCACACCAACAACCACACCAACAACAACACCUACAACCACACCUACAACCUCACCAACAACCACACCUACAACCUCUCCAACCACCACACAAACAACAGCACCAACAACAACACCUACAACCACGCCAACAACCACUCCAACAUCCACAACCACACCAACAACUACACCUACAACUACUUCAACCACCACACCAACAACAACACCUGCAACCACACCAAGUCCUACACCAUCAACCACACCUACAUCCACACCAACAACACCUACAACCACACCAACAACAACACCUACAACCACACCAACAACCACCCCUACAACCACCGCCUCAUCAACGUUAUCUACUCUUUAUUGCACUACAUAUUCUCUGACCUCUCUUGUUCCUACAUCUGCUACUUCAUCCGUUUUCUCAAUUCCAACCUCUCUGCUACCCUCGAGUGGAACUACCUAUUUGUCUACUUCCGUUUUCGCUUCCACUAUUUCUUCUCUCAUUAGUACAACCACACCAACCACCCCAGAAUCUACAACUCCAAUCACUACCCCCACAACGCCAACAACAUCACCAACAACAACGCCAUCAUCACCAGCAACAACGUCAAUCUCAACUCCAACAACAUCUCCAACAUCCUCACCAACAACCACAGCAACAACCACACUAUCACUAGCUCCAACUACAACACCUUCAACAACACCUACUACCACUCCAACAACGGCACCCACAUCAACAAACAGUUCUUUUGCAACCAACAGUACCUCUGCAGCAAACAGUACCUCUGCAGCAAACAGUACCUCUGCAGCAAACAGUACCUCUGCAGCAAACAGUUCCCCAGCAGCAAUACCAUCUGAAGCCCCCACAAAUAUUUUUUUGGCCCCCAGUCCUCCUCCUUUCAAAGCCUUUACUCAAUUACCUUAUUUCACUAUAUUGAAUCUGUCGGAUGGUUUUGCUAUAUACUGCUAUACAAAUGUACCUAGUUCGGCUACAGAGCCUUCAAAACCGUCUCAAAGUGAACCCGUAUCCUCUGAUUUCACGUCCGAUGUCACUACUCCUCUGACGACAUCAAAAGCGCCUUUGACCACAGUUUCGUCUGAGUUAUCCACCCCUAGUUAUGAAACAACGCUUUUGGAAACUUCUUCGCCGUUGUUAACAACUCCAACAACAGCUACGCCUACCACGCCAUCUACAGAACAAACUACAUCCACUCCAACACCGAUAACUACACCAACAACCAUACGACCAACAACACUAAUAACAACAGCAACCACCAUGCCAGUAACAACAACACCAACAGCAUCGCCAACAACAACACCAAUAUCUACGCCAACAGCAGCGACAACUAUGCCAACAAUCACGUCAACAACAACUACGCCUACCACGCCAUCUACAGUACAAACUACAUCCACUCCAACACCGAUAACUACACCAACAACAUUAAUAACAACAGCAACCGCCAUGCCAGCAACAACGCCUGCAACAACAACACCAACACAAUCGCCAACAACAACACCAACUACCAUGCCAACUACCACACCAACAACAACACAAACUACCACACCAACCACCCCUUUUGCAACAUUUUCUAGUGCAACAACUACAACGUUUGACCAAAGUACAGCUGCAGUUCCUUUAUAUUCCAGAGUUAAGCUGUGGAAGGUGAAUUCGAAAUACGUCAGACGUUGCCGUUGUAAAUUUCGUAAAUGUCGCCGUUUACAUAGUCAGAGUCGACCCCCUUGUCUUUGCAUAUCGCGACAUCUUAGACGUUGUCAAUGUCUCAGUAGGGUGAGAAAAUUUCGUCGUUCUCCUACUUUGCGAAAACAUCCUCACCGUCGUAGUCACAGACGAAUUCACUUCAACCGUCGUUUCCCUCCGCGUCGCAAUGCCUCUCGUCACAACACUCGACGAGGCUACCUACCACCCCGUCGCCGUUCACGAAACCGCAUCUCACAAAGGCGAACUUCGCCUCGUUACCCUCUACGUACGCGUUGUCAUCACGGUGGCUCUCGUAGUGUUGACUCUUCAAGAAUAAGCCACACCUCAAGACGUCAUUUCCAAGUGUUGUCUCAACAUUAUACGCCACCACAAAGUUAAAUUCGCUUUGACCGGGUUUACUCUGACGAUCACAACUGAAUACAACCCCAAAUUUAAUAACACCUGGACUUUGUGGGAUAAGUAGUAUUUUGUUCGGUCAUAUAGCAACGACUUUCCCAAGGUCAGCAUUUUGGGAAUAUAAUCUAAUUAAAUAUAAACCCAAGAAAACAAGCCCCACUGCCAACAUUCAGAUUAAACGAACAUUUCCUUGCUAACUUUAUUCCUAUGCAAGUAACUCGUUCUCAUGUACUAAGUGAAUUCUAUAAAGUUCUUUUUUUUUGCAACCAUUAGACUGCAUUCAAAGGCACAAUUUCAAUAAACAACUAGAAAAUCUAUUCAACAUUCAAGCUGAUGAAAUAAAAUUGGGUGAUAAACAUGCCCACAUCUUACACUUUUUACCGUGGAAUAUCUAAUACUUUAUAUAUAUAUAAAUGAACUAGUUACAAAAUGGCCAUUUAAAAAAUUCAAUUGUACGGUAUUUUCAACGAAAGUUGUAAAGAAUGUUAGCGGAAUUGCUGCGCAUACCUUUUGUUUGUAUGUUACAAUUAACUUUCAACAUAUUUGGUAUGGAUUUUCUUUAUGUUAAUUAACUUUUUCCUCUUCGGUUACUUAUGAAAUUUUAUCAUUCAUUAUCGCUGGUUGCACUCAUUAGACAGCGGCCACGCUGUGGCACUGCUAUAAAGGGUUAUAGUCAAUCAUACCGAUGCCAGUACUUAUUAAGAUGUUAUACGUAACCUAUAUUAGCAAUCUAAGUAUAUAUAUAUAUAAUAGAAAUAUUAAAAUUACUAAAUCUCUCUAAAGGAGAUUACGGCAG